GCAGGGACAUGUUUACAAACGGAGCAGCAGCAGCGCUGCACUCGGGCCCACGGUCAGGAGCCUGGUGCGAGACGACAGGGAGGAGAGGACUGUAGCACUGCUGCUGGGACCAGAGCGGGAUCCUGCGCCUCUCCCUCUUCAGACGGGACGGGGCAGACAGAGCCCCCCCACGCCGGGGCGCUCAGAGCAGACAGAGCCCCCCCCACGCCGCAGCGCGAGCCGCCCGACCCCCCCCCCCCCCGACCCACUCCUUUGUUCGCCACUCUCGCAGACGGCGGGGAUUUCCGCGGUGAAAUACGGCGACGCUCGCUAACCGGCUGCCGAGCGGAACAUCGCAGGACCACAGGGCAUCGGCGGCAGGGGACGAACGCGCUGGAGGAAGACAAAGCAGCGACGUCUCACUGAGGAAAAACACCGCGCUGUGUGUUCAUCCCUCAGGAAGGGCUCACCCACGUCCUCAGGCCGGGGCUGGCUUUACUGACUGCAGCUGGUCUGCCGCCCGUGCGUUUCGUUUGUGUAUCUUUGAUACAAGGACAUAGCUACUGUGACAAUAUGUGAUCUUGUUCCUGCUCGGCAGUACCUACAUCAACACAAGCAGUACCCAGCCUCGGGCACUGACUGAGUGAUGCACCCUGGCUGUUUUUGCCAAUCCUUUCGCUGUUAUUCGUGCAUAAAUUUGCAUUUACAAAAGAGCAGGCACCAAGUUCUGAUCCCUCGUUGGCUUAAAAUUGAGGACCGAGCGCAUUUAAAAUCCGUAUUUCACAGAGGCACUGGAGCCAGGAGAAGCUCAGACCCUGCUUCGGUACGGACGUUUUACUGUGCGUCGCUGGGAGCGACCGACCUCCAGGACUGAGCGUGGAUGUUGAGGAAGCUGCCCAGAAAGGGUCUAACUCCCGCUGAACAGGCUGCCUGCUCCUCUGGCCUGUCACCCCACACCCACCCCACGCCCCCAUCCUGAGGACGACUGCCACGGGCACCAGCUUCCUGACCUGGCUGUGAAUUUUUGGCCUUCUCUUUAUGCAGCUACUCCAGUGGUGCAAUGGAUGUCUAUGCAGCCUAGUGUUGCAGAGAUCCAAAGAGCUGUGUAAAGUAACUUCCGGAGAGAUGUACCACCUGCCGUUCAAUGUGUACAUCAUCGUGCCGGCCAUCGGCCUCUUCAUCUUCCUGCUGUUCAUGAUACUCUGCUACCUGUCCAGGUUGAGACAACGUGGCGCAAGGGAGCAGUAUGGAUAUAACGAGGUUGUUCUAAAAGGAAAAAAACUGAGCCUUCUUGGACAAACCUGUGCCGUGUGCCUGGAUGAGUUCCGCAGCAGGGAGGAGCUGGGAGUGUGUCCCUGCUCUCACGCCUUUCACAAGAAGUGUUUGGUGAAAUGGCUGGAGAUCCGGAGCGUCUGCCCCAUGUGUAACAAGCCCGUCUGCAGACUGCCGCCGGACCCCCCUCAGGGGGCCGAGGGCCCCCCGAACCCGCAGGAGGUGUGAGGGUCGGGGGGUGCCGUCCCGUGGAGGGCUCUCUACCUUCGGUUCAAGACACUUCCAAAACCGCAGGACCCUAAACUCUCCUCUCCCCCAGGCCUAGCGUCUCAGAGGACCACGGUCAUCAGAAAUCAGCCUCAAAGGGAAUGUGGGAGAUGCGUACCAGGGCUUAUGUCCUUAAGCACAGCACAUAAACACUUACAGAGGCAACGCAGGAGACAGAAGACUGCUUCAAUCAGCCAAAUGCAUCCUGGGACCCGUCCUGGAUGGGAUGGACAUUACCGGCACACAACCCAGUCCUUGCCCCAGUUCGCUCACUGACUGACCGAAGCAAACGGAGUCUCUUCCAGUGAUCCUGCCACAUGCCAAUCAAAGGUAAAGGGGUGUGUCCAGGCAACCGGCAGGUUUCAGAAUCCACUAGUCACUGUAUAAUCCUGAUAGCACCUGCGUUACGUCUGAACGGUUAUUUUAUAUCACGGCUUGCUUUAAAUAAAGUGUAAGGUAUUGGUGGUACAAAUCAAAAUGCUGCUUUUUUCCUUCUGAUGAUUUCUCCAAAACUCCCAGACCAAUAACCUCACAACUGUGUCAUUAAUAAAACAGAACAGAUUUAAAUCGACCUGACGCAGUAAUAAAGCUGAUUUGCAUUAAAAUCAGAGAACUGGCUCCCUAAUACAACAUGGAAGCAAGUUAAUAAUAAUCUUAUAAUCCCACGUUACUUCUGGUUGCACAAUAAAUUAGCCAGUACGGAUUUGAUGACAUCAUCUCAAUAAAAAUAAAACAUAAAAAAACACAUAUAUAGACAAGCAUAGAUUGAGAAUUUAAACCUUUUUUUAAUACGGAAGAGACCGCAAUUGUCCGGCGCAGAAUCAAAACCGUGCUGAUAACUUUGAGUCUUACGUAAACGUAAUGCAGAAUCCAGGUCUGCUGUACUCCGGUUCCUGCGUUGCGUAAGAGCCGAUCUUUAAAAUCCUGCCGUCUUUCAUACGCGUAUUUGAACCGUCUGCAAAGCGUUUUGCACGGUCCUGUGUUGCUUUUUCUUUUUUAGCGUGCGCUCUGAUAUGACCUUUGCCAGGCUUAAUGGCCCUUCUGUUUAUAACGCUGUGUUGGGGAAACAGCAGGGGUUCUUAAGGAAAUGCGCUUUAAGGACGAUGCUGCAGAAGUAUGGGGUGGAGAGGUCAGUUGCUCACGCUUUUUGCGUCUGGGCAACAGGAAUUUCUGAAAUGUAUGCAGGCCCAAGAGUGAGAGUGGCACAAUAAUCUAAUGCAACUUUCACAGGAAUCUUUAGUUUAGGGGCCAUUGUUCUUCACAUUUCAUUGCAUUGCAUAACACAUGCAAAAUUGUUUUUGAAGUUUUCAGUGAAUUUGUUCAUUUCUGGGAAUGUUUGAACGUUGGCCCAUGUUUUGUUGUUGACGAUAUAUGUAAACCGGCACUCGUAAGAUCUUAUCUGAUUGGUUUCACUUGUGAAAAUAAAAUUGUGAUUUCAAGCUUUUUUUCAAGUGUACAAAUAAGCCAGACAAGCAAGUUUGCAGUUUUCCUAAUCCUUGAAUGUUUUAUAAUGCGAUCUGCACCUAAAUAUAAAUAUAGAACCUGAUGUUUUGAGGCACAGUGUGAAACUAAUUCUGUUUCCGAACUCAAAGAAAGGUGCUUGUGGAAACUUUCCCGGAGAGUUGGAUUGUGUUUGCUCACAUGAGAAUUCUGAAUGUUGAUGUGGUUUUCUGCAUACUUCUCAAAAUUCUAUUUUACACCUAUGUUUGCUUAAUCAAUAUGACUCCCCUCUUAAUUAUUUUACUGAAGGACAGAACCUACUGUUUGAGGCAGAUGGUCAUUGGAUAGGGCUGGAACUGCGUCUCACCAGGGUUGGAAGUGACUCUUAUAGAUCUGGUUUUUUAAGCAACAUUUUGCUUCCCCAGAAUGACAGGAGUGGUGUUGACUAAGGACUUGUGAGGGAAGAAAGAGGAGAUCGAAUGUCUGCUGUUGCUCUGACUCGUGAGACAUUUGUUGUUUUGCCAAACAGGUUUGGGCAGAUUGGCGCUACCGUACGAGGCCAGCUACUGGUCACAGCCCUGAGUUUGGGCCGAUCAGAGCUACCGUACGAGGCCAGCUACGGGUCACACCCCUCAUUACGGGAACUUUUAGUCCGGAAACAUCUUAGGAAUGUGCCAAAAGACAGACUACUUUAUAUCUGGUGGAGAAAAAAGAAGAUCAAUAAAAUGGCAGCCAUCAGUUGGAAAUGUAACGUGUCUGAGCUUUUCUAAAAGUGUCCGUAAUUGUUAUACCACCCACAUAAAGUAAAAGAAUAAAACCUUUUGAAAAAC